CAAACUUCACAUAACAAAUUUUUACUAAUCCUAGCCAAGAUUUUUUUUUUAAAAAAAAAUGUUUAAAUUCCUCUUUCUCUUGGCUAUCUUAAUCUUGAGCAGCGAUGCCGCUGUUCAAGAUUUCUGCGUGGCAGACUUAAAAGCACCCGAAUCACCUUCUGGCUAUUCUUGCAAAAGUGUUACAAAUGUAACAGUUGACGAUUUCGUGUUUUCUGGGCUUAGUGCUGCUGGAAACACAGCAAGCAUUAUCAAGGCCGCAGUCACCCCAGCAUUUGCGGCCCAAUUUCCAGGUGUUAAUGGGCUUGGGAUUUCUGCGGCCCGUUUAGAUUUGGCCGCAGAGGGGGUGAUCCCAUUUCACACUCACCCUGGUGCUUCUGAAAUCUUACUUGUGGUGCAAGGAUCAAUUACUGCUGGAUUUGUUUCAUCAGCAAAUUCUGUUUAUUUAAAAACACUUAAAAAAGGUGAUUUAAUGGUUUUUCCACAAGGAUUAUUGCAUUUUCAAGUAAGUGAUGCUGGAUAUACUUCUGUGGGUUAUGUAUUUUUUAGCAGCUCUAAUCCUGGACUUCAGAUUACUGAUUUUGCAUUAUUUGCUAAUGAUUUGCCAACCAAGUUGGUUGGGGCAACAACAUUCCUUGAUGAAGCAACAAUUAAGAAACUUAAGGGUGUGCUUGGAGGCACUAAUUAAGCAACAAUUGCAUUGUGUUA